AUGUAAGGCUCUUUUUAAGGGUAGGAAGCCAUAGCUGACAUACUUAGUUAAGUUAAGGAUGUAAAUGAACUACUCUUUGGUGUCCUAAUAGAAAUACUUCUAAAAGAGUAAGUUUAAGAUUGCAUUGGAUAUCUUUCUGAUUAUGGAAAUCAAAAACAUUUAGAAUCAUAAAUCUUACAAUAAGCAGAGAAUAUCACCCAAGUUGAUAAACAAUAGAAACUGGCUGUUAUUGGAAAUGAGAUGAAAUAAAUUACAGAUGUCUUAAAAAAAAUAAAAGAUCAUGACUUCAAUUACUCUGACUUUUCUUCUUUUGAAAAUGAAGAAUCAACAUUAAGUCUAAUUUAAAGCAUCAAGGAUAAUAGAAGGAUCAUUGAAUUUCUGUUAUUCUUAGUUCAAAUCACAUCCAUAGAUAAAACUUUGAUCUAAUGUGGGUCUAAUUCAUUACAUAUAUUAGUUAAGACAAAGGAGGAUCUAAGAAAUUAAAAAUUUGAAAAAAUUAAGAUCUAAAAUACCUCGCUAGAAGCAGGAAAUUUUGCUAGGUGUAAUUUUAGUGAAUCCUAAUUUAAUAAUGUCAACAUAAGUGGAAUAAACCUAAAUGGAGCAUUAUUAUUUAAUUGUAAAUGGAGAAACUUAAAAAUCCCUGUAUUAUAUCAAUUAGAUAGUGAUUGUGUUAAAUCAGUUUGUUUCUCUCCUGAUGGAAAUACCUUAGCCUUUGGUAGUAAUGAUCAAUCUAUCCAUCUUCUAGAUGUCAAAACAGGAUAAUAUAAAACCAAAUUGGAUGUUCAUAGAGGAACUGUUUGGUCAGUUUGUUUUUCACCUAAUGGUAAUACAUUAGCAUCUGGUAGUAAUGAUGGGUCUGUCUUAUUAUGGGAUGUUAAAACAAGAAAGAAAAGAGCCGAAUUACAUGCUCAUACUGGCACUGUCUACUCAGUUUGUUUCUCUAAUGAUGGAGAUAAAUUAGCUUCUGGUAGUGGUGAUAAGUCUAUUCGUCUUUGGGAUGUCAAAACAGGAUAAUAAAAAGUCAAAUUUGAUGGUCAUAGUGAUUAUGUUAGAUCAGUCUGUUUCUCUCCUGAUUAAAAUACAUUAGCUUCUGGUAGCGAUGAUAAGUCUAUCCGUCUUUGGGAUGUCAAAACAGGAUAAUAAAAAGCAAAAUUAGAUGGUCAUGAUAGUUAUGUCUACUCAGUCUGUUUCUCUCCUGAUGGAAAUACGUUAGCAUCUGGUGGUGAAGAUAAGUCUAUCCGCCUAUGGGAUGUCAAAACAGGAUAAUAAAAAUCCAAAUUAGAUGGUCAUACUCAUUAUGUCUACUCAGUCUGUUUCUCUCCUGAUGGAAAUACGUUAGCAUCUGGUAGUGAAGAUAAGUCUAUCCGUCUUUGGGAUAUCAAAAUAGGAUAAUAAAAAGCAAAAUUAGAUGGUCAUACUAGUUAUAUCUACUCAGUUUGUUUCUCUCCUGAUGGAAAUAAAUUAGCAUCUGGUAGUGGUGAUUAGUCUAUCUAUCUAUGGGAUGCCAAAAUAGGAUAAUAAAAAUCCAAAUUAGAUGGUCAUACUAGUUAUGUCUACUCAGUCUGUUUCUCUCCUGAUGGAAAUAAAUUAGCUUCUGGUAGUGGUGAUAAGUCUAUCCGUCUCUGGGAUGUCAAGACAGGAUAAUAAAAAGUCAAAUUUGAUGGUCACAGUGAUUAUGUUAGAUCAGUCUGUUUCUCUCCUGAUGGAAAUACUUUAGCAUCAGGUAGUGAAGAUAAGUCUAUCCGUCUUUGGGAUGUCAAAACAGGAUAAUAAAAAGUCAAAUUUGAUGGUCAUACUAGUUAUGUCUUCUCAGUCUGCUUCUCUCCUGAUGGAUAUACGUUAGCAUCUGGUAGUGAAGAUAACUCUAUCUGUCUAUGGGAUGUCAAAACAGGAUAAUAAAAAUACAAAUUAGAUGGUCAUAGUGAUUAUGUUAGAUCAGUCUGCUUCUCUCCUGAUGGAAAUACAUUAGCUUCUGGAAGUGAUGAUGAUUCUAUCCGUCUAUGGGAUCUCAAAACAGGUUAAUAAAAAGCCAAAUUGGAUGGUCAUAGUGAUUUUGUUAGAUCAGUCUGCUUCUCUUCUGAUGGAAAUACAUUAGCUUCUGGAAGUGAUGAUGAUUCUAUCCGUCUAUGGGAUCUCCAAACAGGUUAAUAAAAAGCCAAAUUAGAUGGUCAUAGUGAUUAGGUUAGAUCAGUCUGCUUCUCUCCUGAUGGAAAUACAUUAGCAUCUGGUAGCGCUGAUAAGUCUAUCCGUCUAUGGGAUGUCAAAAUAGGAUAAUAAAAAGCCUAAUUAAAUGGUCAUAGUAAUUUAAUUAUGUCAGUCUGUUUCUCUCCUGAUGGAAAUACAUUAGCUUCUGGAAGUGAUGAUGAGUCUAUUCGUCUAUGGGACGUUUAGAAUGGAAAUGAGAUAUCAUCCGCUGACAAAAAAUAUAUAGAUAUUCUUGCUAAAUAUAAAGCACCACUUUUUUUAAAUAAUACUAAACCAGGUAUUUAUUUUCUUAUUGUUUUUUAGAAUCCAACAAUAUUACAAUUCUAAGAAUAUCUUAAACACCAUUAUUUCAAGCAUAAGGAGCUUUAAUCUUUAAAGGAGAUUUUCUAAAUUAUGACGGAUACGAUCUAAGACCAUUAUUCAAAUCCUCUGGAAGCAGCAUUUUAGAAUAAUUGUAGUAAAAGUGAUGUUGAAAUUUAUCAACAAAAAUUAAAAUAAGAAUUUAAUUAGUAUAUAAUAUUUAUUAAUUAUGUCUUUAUUAGUUCCACUCUUCAUCUUCUAGGUAAGUUCUUAUUUUUUAAAGUUUUAUUCCAUUUCAAUUAUAUAUACCUUAUUUGUUUUUGGGAAUAUUCAAGGAGAUAUCAUAAAAACUGUUUUCAAAUAAUAUUUAAAGAAAUUUAAUUUUAAUUGAUACUGCCUUAAAUUAAUAAUCUAAACAGAGAACAGUAAGCAAAAUGA